UGGUGCUAAAAUGGUCUCUCUGUUUCUGAUGGUUGAAAAUUGUAAGUGAGGUCCACUGCACUUGAGAGUUGAGCGACCAAAAAUCUCCAUCGAUGGUUACAAUGCUCCUCCUCAUUCCAGGGAAGAAGAAUUAACCCAUAUUCAUAUUCAACGAACUCAUUUUCUUCCCCGUUGUUCUCUUCUCUUCUACCAUGUCAUUGCCUUCUCAAAAUCUCUUCACAUGUUCCGGCCGUUUCAAGUUCUGUUGCUUCGCCAACUCCGGUCUCAGAAACAACACUUCCUUCUCUCUCCCGGUUGCAUCUCCAUGCCUCCAUCAGUUCCACUUUCAGAAGCAUAACCUACAAAUACCUCACAAUUUAACCUCCCGCCGGAGUAAUUGUCUGUAUGCCAUUGGAGUUUUUGAAUCCGAACAAGUUGCGGGGAGUCACGACAGGGAUGGUGAUUUCAACCUGGAAUCGAUUCUUUCGUUCUCUGAAUUGCUUUGUCUCUUUUCCUCUGCUGUUUUCUUGGUUGUUUUUGUCGUGAAUUUCGUUGGUUAUAAUUCCAAGAAGGCGCUCUGGGUAUUGAUAGGAGAUAGGGGUUUGGUUUGGGGCUUCCCUUUGCUGGUAGCUACUGUUGUUCUUAACGCGUGGAUUCGAAGGCGGCAGUGGAGACGAGUAUGUUGGAAAACAGCGAAAGGUGCAUUGGAGGUGAAUUUGUUGGAUAGGAUUGAGAAACUGGAGGAGGAUUUAAGGAGCUCGACGGCCACGAUUCGGGCCUUGUCUAGGCAGCUUGAGAAGUUGGGCAUAAGGUUUAUGGUCACACGAAAAACUCUCAGAGAUUCAAUUGCUGAGACUGCAGCAUUAGCUCAAAGAAAUUCUGAGGACACUCGAACGUUGGCUGUGCAAGAAGAUAUUCUUGAAAAGGAACUCCUUGAAAUGCAAAAGGUCUUACUAGCCAUGCAGGAGCAGCAGCGAAAGCAGAUUGAGCUGAUUAUUGCGAUUGGAGAAAAGGGGAAGCUGAUGGCAAGAAAACAGGCACUUGAUCAAGAACGAACAAGGAUUGAAAGACACAAGUCUGCCAAUGAAGAUUCAAAAGAACUUGAAGCUUACGGAAUCUGAUGAGGUGGAUCACGAUGGACUGUUUUCUCCAUGAGCCUGAAUUGGACUAUAUACACGGUAAGGUGGAUUGUUUCUAUAAUUAUGAUAAUUGUAGCCACUGUUUGAAGUUAUUGAUUUGAUUGAGCACAUAAGUUUUUCCCUUUGUCGUAAAUUGUGUGGGAGGAAUCUUACUGAGGAUGUAGGUAGUUGUUAGGCCUGUAGAGAGCGAUAGAGAUAUAAAGGUGAUAUCAGAGCCUUUUGAGUGAUAGUAUGGCGUUUGGAAUAUAAACAGAGCAUGAAUAGGAAUGUCAGUCAUCGUAUAAUAGUAGUGAAGAAGGCGAGUUUAGUGGUUUUUACUUUUUAGGGGGAAGAUGUAGAUGAAUGUGAAAUGAAGAAUGUAGACAACCACCUAAUUUGGAAGUGACAAAAAGAAAAAUGCAGGAACAUGUGGGGAAAGAGAAGGAAGAUCAGUCAGUGGAGAGGCAUAUAGGAAGUGGUAUAAGAUGUAGACUCAUUCGAAGGCUCCUCUGAUUCAAAUUGUUGGGGCAGAAUGAAGUUUCCACCUUUUAAGGAACAUGUAAAGGAUCAAUCAGUUAAGUCUAGACGAGUUUCUAAUUUAUAGGUCCAUUAAGUCUGCAUAGUCCUAAAAAACUCAUAUUGAAACUAAAUUUGACUAUUUAAUGGAUAAGAUACAUCACUCAAAUAACGGAUAUGAUCUAUUAUUAGAAGAGAAACCCAAACCCAAUAAGGAACAUAGCCUUUGAAGCUUCAUUAUUGAUUGAGUCUUUAGUCUGAUGAUAUGCCUUGAAUAGUUCAAGAUCCAAGCGCGGUUAAUAACUGGGCUAAGAGCUUUUAUAUGAUCAACUUCAUUUGGGACCAAUAAGCCUUAACCACAUAGAGACCCACCUCCACCUAUAGCCUGAAAGGGCUGUUGAUAACCUAGCUUUUCUAUUAGGUGUAGGACUACCCAACGUAAGUUUCAAUUGAGAAAUAUAUUUUUUCCCAUGUGGGACAAGUGUAAUUCAAUUAAGCAACCCUCUCUUCUUCUUUAAGUUUUUAUAUAUGAUAAAAUUUAGGAGGAUUCCUACUUAUCUACCACUAUUAAAAAAUUUACAGUCUAUUCUCUCCCUUUCUAUGCAUUCACAUCUUAGUUGUCAUUUUUACUUAAUGAUAGUAAGCAGGAUAUACCUACUUACCGGUAGGCUUUUAAGUUCUAUUGUUUGAGGGAUUGAGAUUUCUAGUAGAUUCUUGUUUUUAUUCAUUUUAUUUAUGGAGACUCGAUCUUUGGACAUCUAGAUUCAGCAAAGGAGAUGAGAUGUUGAAGUAUGAUAUUUAAAGUAUCGAAGAACAUGUCAAAAAAUAGUUUUCACAUAGCUUCGUGCUGUGAAAAAGCAUUUGGGUCGAGGCUCUCGAAACCCCAAUGUCAAACUUGACAGAAUUGUAUAAUGCUUUUUUCUUGUUUCCUGCUGUGGUUUUGAAACCCUAAAGACUAAAGAGAUCGUGUUCAUGAAGGAUUCUAGACCGAGGAAGAGUUCCAAGGAGAUUAAGGCUAUUAUGAAAUUUUGUAAUCUGAAGUUUAAUUUUUUUUUUCUUUGAAUAUUCUAGAUUAUGGCAAGUGUACUCAUA